AGGCGGCCCCGUACUUUAUGACUGGCAAUAAAGAAAAGAGAAACUCGACGGAAAGCUUUUUCCUCAGCAAAAACCGGAGGCAGAGGGAGUCAUCGACAGUCGGAUGCUGAUGGAAGGACUGCAGAGAUUCGGUGCCAUCCCGACUUAUCUUCCGGUCCGAUACCAGGUGCUGAAUGCAGAGUCUGCCUUCUUCCUAAAGGAGGCCAACCAGGACAUCAUGAGGAACUCCAGCCUGCAGGUUCGUACAGAACUUUUCUUCAUCCAACAAGCCAGAAAGACGCCGUCGGUCAAUGCCAGUUACGGACCACUGUAUGUAGAACAACCUGUGCCUGCGGAGCUUCUGGGCCCGGAACUCUUCAACAACCCCCCAUCCACGUCGCCAUCGUCCACUUCCUCUCCUCUCUUUAGUUUUAACUGGAAAGUGCAGACUUUUAUUAUCAGUGAGCGAAUCCAUCCAAGUUGGCCGAAGGUUCAGGUUCUCUUCUACGUUGUGGGCCGGGACUGGGAUGACUACAGUGCGGUGGACAAGUUGCCGUGUGUCAGGAUGUUUGCCUUCCACGAAACCCAAGAGGUACGAGGCACCUGUCAUCUAAAAGGGGAACUCGGACUGUGCGUGGCUGAACUGGAGCCUCUGCCUAGCUGGUUCAGUCCCCCUAGUGUCAUACCAGGUCGACAGAGAUCUCCCGAGCUGGUUGAAGGCACUCCUGUGGAGCUGUAUUACAUGCUACAAUCCACCGACACUGGGGAAUGCAGCUCGGAAGACUCCCGCAAGACCAAUUCCAUCCGCACUGGGCAGCUGGGCCCUGCCGGGUACUUCUCAGGGCCCACACCCAUGCGCAGGAUCGGCAGCGUACGCCUAUUCCAGCCGCUCUCUGAGCUGCGUUUGGACAGUAACUUUGUGGUGAUGGUUCCCUCCAGACCCAUCAGGCAGAGGGAGACGGUGUCAGCCUUCCUAGCAGUCUCCACCCUUUCAUCAGUAGAGAUCUUCACUUUAAGGGUCAAGUUGAAGGAUGGUGUGGCAUUUUUGGGAGCGAGGGCCAGCAACCCUGUUCAGUGGACAGUUAGUCAAGACGUCAGGAGCGAGGGACACAGAGUGGUCACUCUGCACUGUCGUAGGAAGGAAGCCAACUUCGGAAAAAGGGUGGAGUCCGGUUUCCAGAAAGUUCUUCAGGUGGAUCUGGAGGUCAACGGGUUGUUGGAUCCUCUGGGAAGUCGCUCAGUGACAUGGCAGAUCGAGUACCCCAUCUCCCGAACCCUUUCGGAUGAGAUCCAGACACUCAUCCGUCUGGCACCACAUGACCUCGGGGGAAUCGUGCCAUUGGCUAUGGAGACAGAGAUCCUUAACACCGCAGUGCUCACCGGGAAAACUGUUGCCAUGCCAGUGAAGGUGGUCACUGUUGGAACCGAAGGUACUGUGACCGAUGUGACAGAGUCGGUGGAAUGUCGAUCGACGGAUGAGGACGUGGUUAAGGUGUCUGAAAGAUGUGAUUAUGUGUACGUCAACGGCAAGGAGACGCAUGGGAGGGUGAGGAUGAUGGUGAACUUCACCUACAGUUACCUCAGCGCUCAGCUGGAGGUGAGCGUAUGGAUGCCACGACUCCCCCUGCAGAUCGAGAUGUCCGAUCCAGAGCUUAGCCAGAUCAGGAGCUGGAGAGUUCCUGUAGAUGCUGCCAACCAGAGGUCUGGAGAGGAUGACGGGGAUGAAGGAGCCAAGAAGGAUCAGAGCUGUGGUCCACAGUACCAGAGCACCACCGUCCGUGUGCUCACACACUUUGAGGCAGAGCCAGAGGAAUGGCAGGGCCAGCCAGACUUCCUCUUGGGCAGUGAUUGGCAGGUGGACGUGACAGAGUUAGUGAGAGACUCUUUAAGGGUGGUGGAUGAACGCUUGGCCAAGCUGUCAGAAGAACAGGUCCUCAUCGGUCUGAACACAGGCAUCACCAAGGUUCAGGUGAUGUCCCCAUUGUCAGACUCUGUUCUGGCUGAGAGGAUGAUCCGAGUUCUGGAUGAUAAAGUCAGUAUUACGGAGCUGGGCGUGCAGCUGGUUUCUGGCCUUUCCUUGAACCUUCAACUCAGCCCAGGAAGCAACAGGGCCAUUGUGGCCACAGCUACCACACAGGAGACCAUGCACAGUGUAAAUCAGGAGUCCCUUGUCAGUGCGUGGCUUCAGUUCAGCGAUGGCUCCAUGACCCCUCUUGACCUCUAUAACCCUGCUCAUUUCGUCCUUACGGCCACCUCACUGGACGACCAGGUGGUGUCAGUGAAGAAAAGCACCAACUGGAGGUGGCCAGUGGUGGUGGCUAGGGGUGAAGGUCAAGGCAUGUUGGCCCGUUUGGAGAUGUAUGGACCCGAAUCGUGCCAAAAAACCAAACGGCGCACAGUUCUGGCCGCAGGCAACGCAAACGUCCAUGUGAAGUUUGGCCGUGAAGAAGAGACCGGAAACAGCGCGAGCGACAGGAGAUACAGGCCCAAUGCCCCAUACUACGGCGGUUCGAUCUCAGACAUGGAGGCUGGAAUCAUGAACCGAGGCGCUACCACCAUAAAAACCUCCAUUCCAGGAAAAGCAAGCGGCGACAGGCUCUCAGCUGGUGAUAUUCCGGUGGAUUUCUCUGAUUUCCCAGCUCAAGCAGACCUUCCACCUGGACGGAACGCAGAGGACGACCUGCUGCAGUCUCGCCGCGGGCUUACAGACCUGGAAAUAGGCAUGUACGCCCUGCUAGGUGUCUUCUGCCUGGCCAUCCUGGUAUUCCUAAUCAAUUGCGUCUCCUACGCCCUCAAAUAUCGCAACAAGCAGCUCCCAUUGGAGGGCCAGGAGACCAUGGCUCACGCCCACGACUGGGUUUGGUUAGGCCAUGACGCUGAGCUGUUGGAAAGCCAGGCGGGUUUGUGUCUGGAUCAAGAGGAGUUGGGAGGCACCAUGGACUCUGGGCUGGGCCUGGAGGAAGGUAGCCAGCUCCUCAAUGGCCUUUCGUCUCAGAAGAGUGUUCAAGGCCAGGUCCACAGGUCGGCCUCUGACUCAGGGUGCACUGGAAGAGAUCACAAGACCGAGUCCAUAAACUCACCCACUACCAAAAGGAAACGGGUCAAGUUCACUACUUUCAGCCAUAGCAAGCCCAGCAAUGGCUGCCCAUCCAUAAGCCCGCUUCUCAUUGGUCAGAACGACAUCAAAUGGGUAUGCCCAGACAUCGAGCUCGGGGACUCCAAAGAGCUCCGAAAUUACAUGGAAAGGUUAAACGAAAAUGCUACUAAGAACAUUGCAUAGUGGGCUUGUAGUUAUGUAUUUUUCAGACAAAAGCUUAGCUCACCCAUAUGCCUUCUAGGUAAGGAGGUGGUGGUGGUGGAGUGGAGGGUGGAUGGGUUGGCCUGACUCUUCUACACUCAGACAAACUCACAUCUCACCAUGAAAAGACAAGCCAUUCAUCUGGUCUUGUUUCCAUGGCAACUGUCAUGAGGGUUCAUCAUCAGGAACGAAGGAAAACAGAGAUGGUUGUGAAGCCGCUGAGGAUGUGAGAACAUUGGAUUAUGAGAAAUAUUUCAAUUGAGAUGUCUAUAUUUU